GCGAUCCAAACUUCCGGUGCCUGCGGAGAACCGAGCGGUUGUGGUACAGAUAGAGGCUGCACAGAGAGUGGCUGCACGGCCGGAGGCACCGGCUGCAGGGCGGACGCGCGGCCCGGCGCAGCCAUGGUGAAGAUCAGCUUCCAGCCCGCGGUGGCCGGUAUCAAGGGCGACAAGGCCGACAAGGCUUCGGCCUCGGCCUCGGCCUCGGCCCCGGCGCCCGCCCCAGCCGCUGAGAUCCUGCUGACGCCGGCUCGGGAGGAGCGGCCCCCCUACCACCGCUACAAGAAGGGGAGCUCUGUGGGCGGCUUGUGCUACCUGUCGAUGGGCCUGGUCGUGCUGCUCAUGGGCCUCGUGUUCGCCUCUGUCUACAUCUACAGAUACUUCUUCCUCGCUCAGCUGGCCCGAGACAACUUCUUCCACUGCGGUGUCCUCUACGAGGACUCCCUGUCCUCCCAGGCCCACACGCGCAUGGAGCUGGAGGAGGACGUAAAGAUCUACCUCGAGGAGAACUACGAACGCAUCAACGUGCCGGUGCCCCAGUUUGGGGGCGGUGACCCUGCAGACAUCAUCCACGACUUCCAGCGGGGUCUCACUGCCUAUCACGACAUCUCCCUGGACAAGUGCUAUGUCAUCGAGCUCAACACCACCAUCGUGCUGCCCCCUCGCAACUUCUGGGAACUUCUGGUGAACGUGAAGAGGGGGACCUACCUCCCGCAGACGUACAUCAUCCAGGAGGAGAUGGUGGUCACGGAGCAUGUCAGUGACAAGGAGGCCCUGGGCUCCUUCAUCUACCACCUGUGCAGCGGGAAGGACACCUACCGGCUGCGGCGCAGGGCCACCCGGAGGCGGAUCAACAAGCGAGGGGCCAAGAACUGCAACGCCAUCCGCCACUUCGAGAACACCUUCGUGGUGGAGACGCUCAUCUGCGGGGUGGCGUGAAGUCCCGCCCCUCCCUCCAGGCCCCGCCCCUGCCCUCUUGCAUUUUCUCUUCGGGCCACUCUGACCCUUCCCCUCGCUUAGCUUGUACUU